AUGCGAGCUCGUUUCUCCGGCUUUAACGCAUCGUUCCCCCUGGUUGCCCGGGGCGUGAGCCGAAAUGUGCGAGACCGUGGAGCUCUGCGUGUCACCGCUGAGGUAGACACGCCCGUCAUUAAGAUUGGCACGCGCGGCAGCCCUCUCGCACUUGCUCAGGCUUACAUGACCCGCGACUUGCUCAAGGCAAGUUUCCCGGAGCUCGGAAACGAUGGCGCCCUUGAAAUAUGUAUCAUCAAGACCACCGGUGACAAGGUCCUCGAUCAGCCCCUCGCUGAUAUUGGAGGCAAGGGUCUGUUCACCAGAGAGCUUGACGUUGCACUUCUUGAUGGGCGCAUUGAUAUUGCUGUUCAUUCGAUGAAAGAUGUCCCCACCUACCUUCCAGAGGGCACUAUCCUGCCCUGCAUGCUUCCCCGAGAAGAUGUGCGAGACGCCUUCAUCUCUGUGAAGUAUGACGACCUAUCGGAAUUACCGGAAGGGUCUCUCGUCGGCACGGCCUCUCUUCGUCGUCAGUCCCAACUCUUGGCCCGAUUCCCUGGGCUGAAAUGUGUUAACUUUCGUGGAAAUGUCCAAUCCCGGAUUCGAAAGCUUCAAGAAGGUGUGGUUGAUUGUACACUGCUAGCCAUUGCAGGACUGAAUCGCAUGGACAUGACUCAACAUGCUACCAAGAUUCUCGAUGUGGAUGUCAUGCUCCCUGCUGUAGCGCAAGGGGCCAUAGGAAUUGCUUGCAGAACUGGUGAUUCUAAACAGAUUACUUAUCUCGAAUCACUAAAUCACGAGGAGACAAGGAUCGCGGUCGAGUGUGAGCGUUCUUUCCUUGCAGCUCUUGAUGGUUCGUGUCGGACUCCAAUUGCUGGAUUUGCACGCAAAGAUGGCGAUAACCUUCGCUUUAACGGACUCGUUGCUGCACUUGAUGGCUCCGAGAUACUCGAAACCUCUCGCGUGACGAAAUGGUCCUAUGCUGAUGCCAUAGCAGCAGGAAAGGAAGCUGGCGCUGAGCUAAAGAAAAAAGCCCCCGCGGAGUUCUUUGCCAACCUCAUAGAGCAUGGAGGCAGCUGGUGA